AUGAUCAAAGACGCAAAUCACGCACAAAGACAGAUCCAAGAGGACUGGAAUAACCGAGAAUACGUCGAGGUCAUCACUACACAAAUCAAGAAAAUCUCAGACUUCCUCAACUCUUUUGACUCUAGUUGUCGGGGAAGAUUCGCUCAGAUGGACGAGAAGCUUACAACUCUUGAAAGACGGAUCGACUUUUUAGAAGCUCGCAUCUCCAGAUCGCUCGCUAACAAUUCUGGCAGGGAAUGA